AUGGAACCCCCAAUGAAAAAACGUUCUCAUGAAUCUCAUGAUUGUUUUGUUACUGAGGAUGAUAGUCCGCGGAUGCCUCCGGUUACUUUCGAAAACUGGCCAAGAUUCUUGGUUAUUUCUUCUUUGGAUGACACUCCUCUGAAGCUCAAUCCAUUUGCAGUUGAAAAGGCUAUACAAGGCAUAGCUGGUGAUGUGGAAGAUGCAAAACGAUUACGCAGUGGAUGCUUGCUGAUCAAAUGUAGACGACAAAAGCAAGCUGUAAGUCUUCUUUCCAUUAAGACCCUUGCAAAUGUUCCUGUUGUUGUUUCCCCACACAGGUCCCUGAAUAGCAGUAAGGGAAUUGUGCGAGACAGAGGCCGAUUCCUUGCUGACAUGAAUGAGGAUGACAUUUUAGUUGAACUACAAAGCCAAAAUGUAAUUGCUGUGAAACGCUUUUCUUCUAAGAGAAAUUGUGAGGUUACUAAGACCAACACUUACUUGUUUACUUUUGGCCUUCCAAAAAUUCCAGAAUCAAUUAGAGCAGGUUAUUGUAGCAUCAAAGUGGAUAUGUACAUCCCUAAUCCACUGAGAUGCUACAAGUGUCAACAUUAUGGCCAUGGAUCUAGAACAUGUCAUGAGCAGGCUGCUUGCCAUCGAUGUGGUGGCAACUGUCCAGACAGUACCCAGUGUAACAAGGAUCCGUCCUGUGUGAACUGUGGUGAUAGUCAUGCUUCAUCAUCUAAAGACUGUACUAGAUUCAAACGUGAAUCCAAAAUUGUUAAAAUAAAACAUGAACGGAACAUCUCAUUCCAAGAUGCAAAGAAGAUUGUUCAGGAUGAAGAAAAGUCCUCACUUAUUUCCUUCUCUGCAGCUGCUUCUCGGACAAAUUCACAACCUCCUCCACAACGUGUUUUACAGCCUGUUUCAUGCAUAGCAGUUGCAUGUCAGACAGACUAUACCUGGACUAGAACAGAAUCUCCAGAGGUUAUUACUCUAUCUGCGGACUCUUCAACUGUUCUAGAAACUGCCAGUUCCCAAACAACUUCCCAGGGAAAAUCAUCUCAGUCACAUCCUAAAACGCAUUCUGAAACAUAUGUAAAGCAAAUCGCUAAAAACAAACCGAGAACAGAAUCAUCCAAGAAACAUCAGAGUGGCAGACCCUCAAAAGGAUCAGUGAAUCAGAUCCAGUUGUUCAACAAAUUUGGAUCCCUUGAGGAUAUGGAUGUGUCGGACAUCAGCCACCAGAGGACACACAGCUUGUCGCCCUCUGAGCAAGGCCGGGGUAGAUCCCCAAUUAAGAUUCCGAAGAGGUAA